AUGCCCAAGCCAAGAACAAGACGUGGCGUUGGCCGCGAGGAGAAGAAGCGAAAGAGACUCGAAGAGGCCGAACAGCAAGAGGUCUACGAAAACGACACCAAGCGCCAGCGCACCUUUGGAGACGAUGAUCAUGACGACAACAACAAUGGCUUCGAGCAAGAUGGCCCAGGUCUUGAGCAGAACGGCAUUGGCGAGAAGGAGUUCUUCGGAAUGCUCGCAGACGAAGAGCAAGAAUACUUCCGUCGCGCUGACGAGUUGCUAGAGCUCAACCAAUUCCCAUCGACCGAAGACCGCGAUGUUUUUCUCGAAAACGUCUGGAAGGAGGCCGAGGGCAAGGAGCUCAAGCUAGCCAGCAGUCAGUCAUGCUCGCGACUGAUGGAACGCCUCAUCCAACUGUCGAAUACCGCCCAGAAGAAGCACCUCUUCGAUGCCUUUGCCGCACACUUUCUCUCUCUUGUACAGCACCGCUUCGCAAGCCACUGUUGCGAGGCUCUCUUCUGGCGCUCGGCCGGCGUUGUGUCACAGGAGCUAUCUGGUUUUGUGCUCGACACCAAGGGUGCAAGUGUAGAUGCGCAAAAGCCUGAGAGCUCCAUGGAGGAACUGUUCCUCGCGACACUCGAUGAGUUAGAAGGCGCCUUGUCCUACCUUAUCACCGAUCGAUUCGCAUCACACACUCUGCGCGUGCUCCUGCUCGUUCUCGCCGGUCGACCUUUGGAGGACGCAUCAGUGAAAAGUCUCGUCAAGAGCAAAAAGAAGGAGAAAAUUUUUGUCGCUGGAUCUGCAGCCACAGACGAAGCCAACCAGGGCUUGAGAGCCGUUCCUGAAUCGUUUUCUAUGGCUACCAAGAAGAUCAUCCAGGACUCCACGGCUGGGAUGGAUGCCACCGCCCUUCGAGUGCUGGCCAGACACCCUAUUGGAAAUCCCACUCUACAGCUUCUCCUCGAGCUCGACCUGACACUCAACAAGAGCGAGCAGAAGGCCGAGUCUGAACAGCCAACUCUACUUUUCCAGCUAUUGCCUGGUGCCCCCAAGUCGCUAUAUGACAGUUCAUCAGAAGCCUCCGAGUUUAUCAACGGCAUGAUCUACGACCAGAUUGGCUCACGACUUAUCGAAACACUCAUCACACACUCCCCCGGCAAGAUCUUCAAGGCUCUCAACCAGAACAUCUUCCUGCCCAGAAUAGAAGGUUAUGUCCGAAACGACAUUUCUUCCUAUGCUGCCAUUCGAGUGUUAAAUCGCCUUAGCAAGGAUGACCUAGUACAGGCCGUGGAGAAGAUUGCGCCCACCGUACCCCAAUUGGUCGAAAAGUCAAGAAUCAACGUUCUCAGAACUUUGUUCGAGAGAUGUAAUGCCCGUGGCGCAAACGACGAGAUCAAGAAACUCAACAAGGGGCUGAAGGAGGGAUGUGGAAAGACACCUGCCGACCUGAUUAUUUUCUUGUGUGGCCUGAAAGACGAAGAGAAGAAGAAGAAGGAUGUUCAGCAACUCUCCAAAAACGAAUACGCAAUCCAGUCUCACGGAGCACAACUCCUCACCACACUCUUAAACAUUUCUGGACCGACAAAGGGUGUUCAAGAGUCUCUCCUUGCUCUCGAGCCAGCUACUCUGGUUCAUCUUGCAACAACCUCCAUGCCCACCGUUACCGUCCUUACUACCGCCUUGUCCAUCUCCUCCUCCAACCCUGCCUUCCACAAGUCCAUCGCGAGCGCCAUUCUGCCUCAUACACACGAACUCGCUGUUUCGCAAUUCGGCCACAACCUCAUCAAUGCCAUCAUCGAGGUUCCUAGCAAAGGCAAGGAGCGAAGCAUUCCUUUCCACAUGAAGGAGGCGUUCAUGGCGCGACUGGGCGAGCACGAAGCAGAGCUACGAGAUAGCUGGAUGGGUAGAAGUGUCUGGCGCAACUGGAAGGGUGAUAUGUGGAAGACCCGCCGUCUGGACUGGAAGCUAUGGAUGAAGGAGGUUGAUGCCAACAUUCCUUCAAGCCUGCCGCAGCGUGGACCAAAGGUUGCAGAGAAGAAGCCCGACCGCAAGCCUGCUCCUGAGGCUGUGGAAGAGCCCGUUUUCGAGCAGCCUGCCAUUGAGGAACUUACCAUCGAGGAGCCCGUUGCUGAGCCUGUAGUUGAAGACGACACCAAGAUGGAUGUUGACGAGGUAGUUGCAGAUGAUGAUGACGAGGAGAAGAAGGCAAAGAAGAAGAGCAAGAAGGAAAAGAAAGACAAGAAGGAGAAGAAGGACAAGAAGGAGAAGAAGGACAAGAAGGAGAAGAAGGACAAGAAAGAUAAGACAGAGAAGGAGAAGACAGAGAAAAAGGAGAAAAAGGAGAAAAAGAAGAAGAGCAAGACUGAUGAUGCCAAGGCAGAUGAGGAGGCCGAGGAGUAA